ACCUACAAAUUAGAAAUCAAAAGGGUUAAAAAUUGAGUGGGCGUAAGAGUUAAAAUUUAAAGUAGGCGUGGCAUUAAACAUUAAAAAUGUCUCAAGAAGUCAACAGUGCACCAGAGAGGUCUCGUAGUCCCAAUCAAUCAGACUGCAGCCCGUCUCCUGAACCAAACGAGCCAAAAGAUACAACAUACAAGCCAACCUACACUGGCAAGAAGAGAGGACGGAAAAGGAAACUGCCAAGGGAGCAAGAUGAGAGUGGAAGUGACAACGAUGAGCACACAAGCAAUUUUCCUGCUUCAAAAUUGUUAGAGUACCAAUGGCCUCCUGGAGGGGGUAAUGUGGCAUCAAAGUGGUACAUGCUUCAGGAGCAGGUGGGGGAGUUCCUGGACGUUAGGAGCAUGAUGAGACGCUACCCAGACUUAGAGAGACGAUCUCUUGAUAUUGAAGAGAAGAAGUAUUUACUGGACAUUGAAGCUGUCAAUGAAACACAAUGCAAUAUGGGUUUGGUUGCUAUGGAAAGCGAUGGCGUCUUAGAGCUGAUGGCGGAUGAGUUUCCAGACAAGUACAAAGAAUAUGUCGAUGCUCAGGUUGAGAGACAAUUCAAUGAAGCAGUUCAGAGCACGUUAGCCGAUAUGAGGACGCUAGCUGAGAGUCAGGUCACUCAAGAGUGUGAAGACCCCGACGAACUGAUUGAUGCAAUGCUCGACGAGACUGUCCUCUUUAAUUCUUAUUGCAAUAUUUUGAGAAAACGUAACUAUGAUACUUACCAGGAGAGACCUCUUGAAGCUCAAAGGAUACCAAGACCUAAGCAAGUUCCUCGUAAUUGUCCACGGAAAUCCAAGUAUCCAGCUGCACUGGUACCUGGUCAAUACAGCGACUACAUUAGAAGAUAUUCCCCUCGGGAACUUUCCCAGCUCCCGUUAAAGACUGUCACCUCUUUCCCAGAUACUCCGCCCGAGACUACAAAGGAUAGCGCUCAGUCUACUGCUACAAACGAUAGCACUUUGUAGAUCAUUAUUACAUUCAUUAUAUAUAUACUAUACUGUUACCCAAACACUCCUCCCAGUUUUUUUCAGUGAUAACAUUCUAUAAAUACAA